CACCAUGGCACCGCAGCCCGAAACCGCUCCCGAAGCUCCGCUAACUCCCGCACAGCAAGUCAGAGCCUCCCCUUCAAAGUCCCCAAAGAAAAGAAAGAAGAACCAGCCGGGCAGGUACAGCCAACUGGCGGUCGAUACGAUCCGCAAACUGGGGGAGAGGAACGGCUCGUCCCUGGCCAAGAUCUACAGCGAAGCCAGGAAGGUGCCCUGGUUCGACCAGCAGAACGGCCGCACCUACCUCAAGUACUCCAUCAAGGCGCUGCUGCACAACAAGACCCUCACUCAGACCCGGGGGGUCGGGGCCAACGGCUCCUUCCGACUCAACCUGGAGACCCUGAAGGGGAUGCAGGGGCGCAAGAAACCCUCCGUAGCCAAGCGGCCCGUCAGCAAGGCACCCCGGGCCCCCAGGGGCCACACCAAGAGUCACGCCAAGGGCCACAAGGCGAGCCCCAAGAAGGCGGGACGUGCCAGGGUAGCGGCCAAGAGCCCAAAGAAAGCGGGACGUGCCAGGGUACCAGCCAAAAGCCCCAAGAAGGCGGGACGUGCCAGGGUAGCGGCCAAAAGCCCCAAGAAACCCCGAACCCCUCAGAAGGGCACACGAAGCAUGAAGCGUAGGCAGCCCAGAGCCAGGCUGGUAUAAAGUACAAGGGACUAUGGACACUAGGGCUGUGCUUUCCCAUUAAAUAACCUUCCGCUUCUCACUGACUGUCCCUCUUGUGUUUCUUGCCCGACCCCCAGUGCCGAGUAGGGAUCUGUAGCGCUUCUAUUGGGGCACUUACCUUGUGCGUCUGACAGGGAGGGGCCAGCUGGCUUUCCUAUUGGCUGGGCUAAACUCUCAGCAUCUCCUCAGCGCUGUGUGGGGUAAUAAAGCCCCCUUUCUUGUAGGAGUCCGGGCAGCAGCUUUCCAGGCACUUGACUCCUUGUAUUCCUGUAGAUUUCAAUGCUUUGGUAUUAAACAGGUUUUGUAUUUA